AUGAGGUUCAAUGCGCCGUCUCUGAUCGUGGCCAUCCUCGGUGCCACGGUCAGAAUGGUUCACGCAGGAAUGAGCGUCCGCGGUGCUGAGGCUCUCUACAUUUACAACGUCUACCGCAUGGACGUCGAGAUCAGCGCCGCCAGAGCGCUCGCCGACGGAUCUUGGUCGGGGCCAGGCGACACGCGAGGUGUGCCUUGGAAGCUUGGCCGCUACCUCGGUGACAGCACGGAGCCCAGGGAUUAUCCCAACGGGCGCGGCAACCACUACGGCCUUAACUUCCAUGCCUUCAUACGCAUGGCCCAGGGAACGGGCUCCAACUACCCGCGCAACAACCAUCAGAGUCGAAUCGCCGACGACUGGAUGCCGACGCUUCUGGAGGUUAAAAACCUGCCUCGUUUCCCGCCCGAUAGCGGGCAGCUCAUGCCGGUCGACAGCGACACCCCCACGCCCGCAAGAUACACCUUCAGCGACUUCGACCUUCACAAGAUGCUGGGAGCCUCAAGCAAGGGCGAAGGCCUCAACGCCAAGAACCCCUACUUCUAUUUCGACAAUGUGCUGAAGAUCCUCGGCAAGCGCGCUGCCGAGCUUUACGAACUCGAUCCGGCCCGCGGUGCCGGCUAUUUCAACAACAUGAAACCCUGCCUGCGUGAGUCGCACGUGGGCCGCACCAUUGAAAUAGAGCCUUUCAAGCAGGACGGCAUCGGCAAAGACCUCGUAGCCGCUGCCCAGAAACAGGGCAUGGGUUCCUCGUUCUCGAGAAAGUGGAUCAAGACCAAAAGUGUAACACCUGCUGAGAAUAUCAGGAAGGGCGGCGACGAGACAGUCUACUUCAACCAGAUGCCUGAUCCCGAUAAUGCAAACCAAAUGGUGCCGUACAAGUACACGGCGUUUGACUCGGCCGCAACUUCGGACACUAUCAAGAAGAAUGCCAAGAAGCAAUUCCGAGAGGGUCUUCAGACGCGAAUGAAGGAGAUGGCGAAGGAGUUUGGCACCAAAGGCGUGGACGAGAACGGCAAAACACUGUGGAUCUUUGGUGAUGAGCAGAACGUCAAGCACGAGAACGUGCGAAAGCAGGUUUGGGUGCUCAAGAUAAACCACGAGAGACAGCAGAGCAGUGCUUCGGGCGCUGCUUCUGGUUGUGGCUAUAAGAAGCCCGCCGAUCCCUAG